GAAUUCCUUUUAAAAUAAAGGGCAUUUGGAGAUGUUAAGCCACAGCUGACAAACUGGCGAAAGCAAUAAUAAAAUUGCUUCAAAGCAGUGUUGCUUGAAGAUGAAUUAGAGAAACCUUUAAGAAUUAAUCAGUUGAAAACGGCCGCCGCCUCGUGUAUUGCUGGCAGCACCGGUUCGCGCGAUUUGCAGGCGUGCAACACCUGCCAGAUCGGCCCCUGUGCUUAUAAAUGAACACGGCACAUUUCCAUAUUAAAAAAAUAAAAUAAAAUAAAAAUUAGGACAUAAAUCUAAGGGCCAAAGUGAAGAGAAGCUGCUAAAUUAAUGUACACUGUGAUUAAGUUAUAACAGACCCACCCAUCAUUAACCAAUUGACAUGAUUUUCUGACCACCUGCAAACCCAGGGGAUACUUUCCAAGUUUUAGAUCCUUUUGCACCACAAGAGGGAGACAGAAGAUUAAGUGAUACGUUGUUUAGAAGCAGAGUGCGUUUAUAUUUAACUAAUAAUUAAUAGAUGUAAGUAAGAAACUGAACAACUAACAUCAUCAAUGAUUUCUUGGUAUAGACGUCAACAUGUCAAAAAAUCGUAAUGCAUAUGUAAAGAUUAUGUGAAUAUAAGCAAGGUAAGAGCAUCCAGUCUUUGGAGCACUGAUGGAGGAUGAUCCCCAGCGCUGAUAAAAUAAAGAAUUGACUCUGCUGUUCAGUUUAUUUCUCCGUUUCAAAGGGAGGAACACGAGAAGCCGCUGCCUUUGUCCCCUACGGCCGCCAUUUGCUGCCACACGGCGCGGCCCCGCGGGGAAGGAUGAUGGAUGGAUCAAAUCCCGUGAUUUUCAAAUAAAAAAUGAAUUAAUGUUUCAAAGAAUCAGUAAUCAGAGCAUGAUUUACAAGCGGCACCCACUGUCCCCCAUGAACCGAGCGCCGCCAUCUUGCAGCCCCCGCCCCCAAGGCCGGGCCCUCGUCGUCUUCUUCCUCUUCUUCCUCCUCCUCUUCCUCUCCCUCCCGGACACUGCGUCCGCGUGUUUCCCGCAGCCAUGGAGUACAUGACGGGGCCGGUAACCUCCACCCAGGGCAACAUCCUGUGCUGCCAGUGCGGCGUGGCCAUCCCGCCCAACCCGGCCAACAUGUGCGUGGGGUGCCUGCGGGCACAGGUGGACAUCACCGAGGGCAUCCCCAAGCAGAGCACCCUCCACUUCUGCAAGCAGUGCCAAAGGUACCUCCAGCCCCCGGGAACGUGGAUUCAGUGCACCUUGGAAUCGAGAGAGCUGCUCGCUUUGUGUCUUAAAAAGAUCAAAGCUUCGCUGAGCAAGGUCCGGCUGAUCGAUGCAGGUUUUAUUUGGACCGAACCACAUUCGAAGAGGCUGAAGCUCAAACUGACUGUUCAGAAAGAGGUGAUAAAUGGAGCCGUUCUUCAGCAGGUGUUUGUGGUGGAAUACCUGGUGCAGUCUCAAAUGUGUGAAGACUGUCAUAGGAUCGAAGCGAAGGAUUUCUGGAAGGCUGUAGUGCAGGUCAGACAGAAGACCGUGCACAAGAAGACUUUCUACUACUUGGAGCAGCUGAUUUUAAAACACAGGCUCCAUCAAAAUACACUUCGCAUCAAAGAAAUCCACGACGGCCUAGAUUUCUAUUAUUCUUCAAAGCAACAGGCCCAGAAGAUGGUUGACUUUCUUCAGUGUACAGUUCCAUCUAGAUCAAAAUCAUCCCAACGUUUGAUCUCGCACGAUAUUCAUAGUAAUGUCUACAAUUACAAAAGCACUUUCUCGGUGGAAAUCGUUCCCAUCUGCAAGGACAAUGUUGUGUGUCUGUCGCCAAAACUGGCGCAGAGUCUUGGGAACAUGAGCCAGAUCUGCGUGUGCAUUCGAGUGACGAGCACCGUCCACCUCAUCGACCCCAGGACUCUGCAGAUUGCUGAAAUUGAUGGCAAUACCUACUGGCGCCACCCUUUCAAUAGCUUGUUCCACCCAAAACAGCUGGAGGAGUUUAUCAUUAUGGAUAUCAAUAGGGUUCAAGAAAAGAAAAAGGUUGCAGGUGCAGGGGCGAGAUCCAACAAGCACACGCUGGCUGAAGCCUGGGUGCGGAAAACCUCGGAGCUGGACACGGAUCAUCAGUAUUUCUGCUGCACUCACUUGGGACACAUCCUGAAUCCUGGCGACCUUGUCUUGGGAUUUGACUUGGCGAACUGCAACUUAAAUGACGAGUUUGCCAAUAAGAUGAACCCACACGACAUUCCUGAUGUGGUAUUAAUAAAGAAGAGCUACGACCGCACCAAACGCCAGCGGCGCAGAAACUGGAAGCUGAGAGAGCUGGAAAGGGACAGAGAAGGCGCAGACACGGACGAUGAAAGACAAUACCAAGACUUCCUUGAAGAUCUGGAGGAGGACGAAGCCAUAAGGAAGAACGUCAACAUUUACAGAAAUGCAGAUAUUCCAGUGGAGAGCGACACGGAUGAUGACGGCGCUCCGCGCAUCAGCCUGGCUGAGAUGCUGGAGGAUCUUCAUAUUUCUGAGGAUGCCACUGGUGGGGAGGGAGCAAAUAUGAUGACAGAAUAAGAACAGCACGCUCGCCAAUGCAAUAAAUAUUCCUUUACAGAGGAGAAAGUACCCAAAACAUAAGUCAACGUGACAAACCGUUCACGUGCACAUGAAAAGUAAUGUGAUGGCUACCACUAUAUCCCUAAAUAAUGGUCCUGAAUUCAUGUUUUAUAUAAAAUCUUCUAGAGAAUCGACUAAGUUAAAUUUCUGGAGUAAUCCUUGUCGUGCACUGAAGGAUCUCCAGAUGGAAAGACUUUAUUCUAAUUUUCCAGAUUUGUAGGUAAAGUACUUACCUACUGUUCUUGUUUUCAUUUCUUCACGUGGAAAGGAUAUUUCCUGCCUUUAAUCGUUUUGGCAUGAUGGUUUGAAGCCUUUGAUGCUGUUGCUAGAUUAUUCCAUAUAACAAUAUUUUGGGGAAGCUCAAGAAUGUGUCUUGUUUUCCUUUGGUGAGGGAACUCUUAACUAUACUGCCUGUAAAUGAUUAAAGGUGCAGCUUUUGAUCAGAAACUUCGGUUUAGUGUAAUGAAUAUUUACUGUACUAUCUUCUGUGCCUGUAUCAGUGUAUUAAAAGCAAUAUGUAUAAUGUCUAAUUAACACACUGGGUAUGAACUAUUAAAAAACUAUACAGAUA